UUAUGACACAGCGCUAUUCCGCGAAAUUGUUUCUUGGAGUUGAGAGAACUGUCUGUUGCUCUCUGUAAAAUAGGACAAGUGGACGAGGGAGUGGAAGAACACAGAACUGCAGAUCAGACAUCUGGCACAAUAGUUCAGACGGGAAAAAAGAGAAAGAGUAAAGAAGAAAGGAGGAGUGCAACUGUAAUCUCUCCCGAGUUGGCGUUUACUUAUCCGCCCAGCAUCAUCCAGAAGAAAACAUACAGUCUUUGCGGGACAGUCUCUGUGAGGUCGGCACGUGUGGAUCAUUGGCCGCGUUUCCGAGGAGGACUGCGGUCUACCUACGGUUUUCUCCCCCUUUUGGAUUGUUUUUAUACUCUGCAGCAACUCUGCACAGGCUAUCUCCACUCCACCCUGAUCUGCUACAGUGAUGUCGGAGGUUGACGUCUCUGUGGACUGCGUCCCCACUUGUCCUCUGGAGAGGACAGAGGACGUAUUUGAAGAAAACCAAGAAAACGGCACUUUACUAAUGGUGGCGAUGAUUUUAUUGGACUUAAAGAAAUGCGGUCCAGACCCUAUCGCCGCCGGGGAGAGCGGAUGUUUCGGCGGGGCCAGCGAAGCGGGAAGGCAGGAGAAAGAGAAGGAGGAGCGGGGAAGCAGCCGGGUGUCGCCGGUUCUCAAAGCACCCCGGAACAAGGCACCGGGGAGAAUGGAUACCCCUGAGAAGAGGCACGGCUGCCACUUUGCCGGCUGUGGGAAAAUGUAUGGGAAGUCGUCCCACCUCAAAGCCCACCUCAGGGUCCACACCGGGGAACGCCCCUUUCAAUGCACCUGGCCGGACUGCAACAAGAAGUUCUCCCGAUCGGAUGAGCUUACGCGCCACUACCGCACACACACAGGCGAGAAGCGUUUCAACUGUCCGCUUUGUGAAAAGUGCUUCAUGAGGAGCGACCACCUGACCAAACACGCCCGGCGACACGCAGGCUUCCAUCCUAGCAUGCUGCAGGGCUCCAGCAUUGCCAAGAGACGGCGUUGCUCCACAUCCAUGUCCUCCUCUGAAUCUGGGGACCAAAGCCCUGCAGGAAUGUGAACACCUAUAUAUAUAUAUAUAUAUAUAUAUAUAUAUAUAUAUAUAUAUUCAGAAGGGUGUUAACUAGAAGGUAACAUACCCUGGCAUAGUUCCACACGAAUCUGUCAUCCAGACAAAUAUUCAGGGACUUUCCUUUCACAUGUGCAACAGCAACCUGAUUAUCUUUUAACUAGAGGUCACUGACCCAUUCCCUGAGGUAAUUUAUAUUUAUUAAGAGUUGUUCAGGGUCUGACAGUAAUGUCUAGUUAAUUAUUUUUUCUUUUUGCCUAGUUUCAUUUUAUCUUUUCUGAUAGAAUCUCAAAUCAAAGUAAAGUUAAUGUACAUAAACAGUAUUGCUCUACUUGUCCAUUUAAAGAUGAAGUCAGUAGCCCAACAUUGGAUACAGCAUCAUCAAUGUAUCAAAGCCUAGUGAGGUUUGAAGUUUUGGAAAUAGUUCUAUAGUGAAGAAUGCUACAUAGUUUCUUUUACAGCUACGUUUUCGUCUAAUACAAUGUGAAUGCAAUAUACAGCAGUAUUACCAUGUAAAUAUAUUAGACAGGAAAUAUAGAUUCAGAAUAGCGUGGUUAAUUGUUCAAGUGUAAGAAGAAACAUGAUUUUAGAGAGAGAGAGGCAGAGCUUAGUUAUUUAAUUUUGUAUAUAUUUGGCUACAGACUUCAGCUGUGCUUUGAGCUGCUGAAACUGAAAUGUUUUUUAUGCAAUGAUGAACUUUCAAAUACAUGCACGAAAAAAUAUAAAUAUAUUUACAAUACUUCACCAAUCUCAUGGGGGGGGGGCAUCUUCAACAUUUGUGCUGCUUCAUGCAGACUUGAAUCAUGUUUGGCAUGGGUGCACCAAAAACAUAACAGGGUAAUACCUUUAAAUAGCUGAAGUCAUUAUUAUAAAAGAAAAUGUUGCUUGUUUUUAUUUUCCAGACCACGACGGUUUUUGUUCAGCGUGUGUGCCUUUGUAGCAGAGGAAAAUGUUGACAUUUUAAUCUCUGAGAAGGAUGGGAGGGGUACCAUUUGAAUGGACAUUUUUUUUUACAUUCUUCAUGUUGCUUUUUUCUCUGUCACAGAUCAAGAGAUCAGUGAAUGACUAAUGCCAACUGUGCCAGUGGCUGUACAUUGAAAACUUUACAUUAUUUUAUCUGUGUUUUAUUAGCGACUCAUGUCAUGUUUUGGUGUUUUGGUCAUGUCUGACAAUAUCACACCCCCAUGUGGUGGCAUGGAAGCACAACAUUUCCCACAAUCCUCUGAAAAAUCUUUUUUGUAUUAUUAUUUGUUGUAGCACCUUGAGGACAGCCUUUAUUACUACCUUGUUGAGAAUGAUUGUAUUCCACCAUGUAGCAUGUUCGUAUUUCUUUUUGCUUGUCUGGUUAUCUUUUAUAAUAUUCCUACUAACAGAGUGAGAGGACUUAUUAAAUCACUACGUGCAUUA